AUGGUCACAAAGAUUCAAGCCGCAAGCUCUACGGAUGAUAAGCUCGUGGAGGAAUGCGAGGAAAAGACAAACUGCGAUUGCGACCCUACAAUAACUUGGACAACUCCAGCAAAAGCCAAACCAACGACACCUCCUGAAAACACUGUCGCUAUUAUCGUCGACGUUCGGAUGAGCAAAGGAGCAAUCCGGAUCUUCCAAAAAUCUGGCAGCGAAUAUCUCGAUGGCAUAGGAACGGAGCAGGCCGGCAAUCUGGUGAUUGUCCCCUGGAGUAGUGCCUGGUAUAUCUCUGCUGCUGGAUCUCUUCCAGUAGGGUAUGUUGCUAAGAGGGGCGUUUAA